UAAAACGGUAAAACCUCAAAAAAUUCUCUCUCUCUCUCUCGCGUCCAGCGCCACAUUUUCAGAGCCACCCCUGUCCCCGUCCUCUCUGUCCUUCCUCCGACGUGUAGCGCCCCGGAUCAAACUCCUCCCUCUGCAGCGUCCAGGCGCCCCACCCCCCCCCCCCCCCCUCUCUUUCUCUUUCCGUUUUCAUUCUCGUCGACGCCUCGCCACGUUGUUCCUCUCCGUCCAUCUCUCUCUCUGUGGAAACUUUCAGCCGCCGAUUUUUAGUUAACACUUAACAGGAACUAACUCCCUGACCCUCUGGGUACAGGGCGUCAUACAACAAGUCAUCCCCUCGACCGCCAACGCACAAAAAAAAAUAUCUACCUUGCAAAUGAUUGACUAAGAACCAUGAAUGUACACGAAACUUUCUGCUGUUCGUGCAACUCUGGUUUUCACUUUGUGUUUUCGAGCUCCCAUGAUUUGGUUCUGUGACAUCAAAAUCAUGUUCUUCCUCUUCUACACGGAGACGGGUACAAAACACUCGUGGAAAUCAGCUAAACAGUUUGAAUGUAUAGUGGCUUAGCAAGGAGUGGAAGUUUGUUGUCUUUCUGUAUGAAGUGUUGCUGGUUAUUAUUACAGCCAAUAUUCGAGUAUGUCUUACUCAUGGGUUCGAGACAUUUCAGUCCGGAAGAGGCAUUAUGGCCUUGUUUGUCUUCUUCAUGCAAGGACUUUUCUACCCAGCCGUGUGACUGGCCCAAUCCAAAAUUUCUUGAAACAUAGUGACCACCUUCAUUCUAUAGCUCGUUCUGGUCAAUCCAUCAAGAUCGCAACAGAAUCUCUAUGUAGUGGCGCCGUUAUCAAUGACAACCAAAGUACAUCUUCGGUUUCGGAUUUCUCCAGGUUGAUCUUGAGCAUGCGUCCACCUAGUGUGGUUCAGUCUAAGGCGGGACUUUGCAUGCUGGCUGAAAAUGAACGGUUGGAUCCUGAUUCGUGUAAUCAUGCAAGUGGUCCUUCAGAAGAGUCGUGUGUGGAUUUCAGAUCUGAUGAUGAGGAUGGCGUUACCGGGAAUGAAGUAAAAGGCAUGUUUAAAAAGCCCGUGGAUUUCACCAAGAUUGACAUUAAUUUGCUUCCAACUGUAAUAAUAGUUGGGCGCCCAAAUGUGGGCAAGUCAGCUCUGUUUAACCGUUUAAUUCGGAGGAGAGAGGCUCUUGUGUAUAAUACACCGGAUGAUCAUGUUACUCGGGAUAUAAGAGAAGGUGUUGCCAAGUUGGGUGAUCUGCGAUUUAGAGUGUUGGAUUCGGCUGGCUUAGAAACAGCAUCAUCUUUGGGGUCUAUUCUUGACCGAACUUCAAGAAUGACAGCAAAUGUGCUAGCAAGGUCUCAGUUUGCAGUAUUCCUCAUAGACGUGAGAGCUGGACUUCACCCCCUUGAUGUGGAGGUUGGAAAGUGGCUACGUCGACAUGCCUCCGGAAUCAAGCUUAUAGUAGCAAUGAAUAAGUGCGAAUCACUUUUUAAUGGCAGUAGCUCUCUUAAGGCAGCUGCUGAUGAAGCCUAUAGGUUAGGAUUUGGGGACCCUAUUGCUAUAUCUGCUGAGACUGGACUGGGUAUGACAGAACUUUAUGAAGUUCUUAAACCUAUGCUUGAGGAUUAUAUGCUUCCAGUCUUAAAUGAUGGAGCUAAUCAAGGCAAUAACGAGGACAAUGAGUCUAGUGAAGUUGGGGAAAAGCUGCCAUUACAGUUAGCAAUUGUAGGACGGCCUAAUGUUGGAAAGUCAACCUUGCUGAAUACAUUGUUACAAGAAGAUCGUGUUUUGGUGGGUCCAGAAGCUGGAUUGACAAGAGAUUCAAUUAGAGAACAUUUUGAAUUUCAAGGAAGAACAAUAUAUCUGGUUGAUACAGCAGGUUGGUUGCAAAGGACAAAACAGGAGAAAGGACCAUCAUCUUUGAGCAUUGUCCAGUCCAGAAAGAGUCUAAUGAGGGCUCAUGUAGUUGCUUUGGUCCUUGAUGCAGAUGAGAUUGCAAAAGCUAGACGAAGUAUGAAGCAUGAUGAAGUGGUUAUAGCAAGACGAGCAGUGGAAGAAGGGCGUGGUUUGGUCGUGAUCGUGAACAAGAUGGAUCUUCUAAGCGGGAAACAAAAUAAGAAGUUAUAUGCAAAGGUUAUGGAAGCUGUCCCUCUAGAAAUCCAGAGAAACAUACCCCAGGUUACAGGAAUACCCGUUGUGUUCAUUUCAGCAUUGGAGGGAAGGGGCCGGAUAGCUGUCAUACGCCAGGUUAUUGAUACAUAUGAAAAAUGGUGUCUAAGAUUGUCUACAGCUCGUCUCAAUCGUUGGUUGCUCAAGGUUAUGAGCAGGCAUUCUUGGAAAGAUCAGGCUGCACGGCCCAAGAUCAAAUACUUCACCCAGGUGAAGGCCCGGCCGCCCACUUUUGUUGCCUUUGUGAGUGGGAAGAAACAGCUCUUGGAUACAGACCUCAGGUUCCUAACAAAAUCAUUGAAGGAAGACUUUGAUUUGGGUGGAAUUCCCAUCCGGAUCAUGCAGCGGUCUGUUUCAAGAAAGAUACAGGGUAGUGCUAGCAAGAGCGGCCAGUCCUUUGGCAGAUUGUCUUGAAAUAUAUUGUCUGGCAAGAGAGUUGUCUCUUCUUAAGUGCAGUUUUAAUUUGCAUUGGGCACGAGUUUGAUCCCCCAUUUUAAUAUAUCCGCUUGAUAACAAUUUCCAUACGCAAAUUUGGCUUGUACGGGUGAAAAUAUUGCAAUUUCAUUUGUUCAAGCGGUGUGUUUCUGUGUUUUUUUACUCAAAAUACAGAACUGAAUUGCCUUGAAUUGAUAUGAAUUUCUUAUGAAAAAUACUUAAUGCA